AUGUCCAAGCGGAGACCAGUGACGAGUGGCGUUCCUCAGGAGUCGGUAUUGGGACCGGCACUGUUUAACAUCUUUGUUGGCAACAUGUACAGUAGGAUUGAGUGCACCCUCAGCAAGUUUGCUGCCGACAGCAAGCUGUGUGUGCUGUCCCGCCUGGGGGUGGGCCCCGGCUGGCGCUUCGUGGACGUGCUGGGUUUCGAGGAGGAGGCGCUGGGCGCCGUGCCGGCCCCGGCCUGCGCGCUGCUGCUGCUGUUCCCCCUCACCGAGCAGCAUGAGAACUUCAGGAAACAACAGACUGAGAAAAUAAAGGACCAAGAAAUCAGUUCCAAGGUGUAUUUCCUGAAGCAGACGGUCAGUAACUCCUGUGGGACAAUUGGUCUGAUACAUGCAGUUGCUAAUAAUAAAGACAAAGUGAAGCUUGAUGAGGGGUCUGUCCUGAAGAAGUUUCUUGAUGAAACAGCUGAUCUGUCUCCUGAAGAGAGAGCUAAGCAUUUUGCAAAUAAUAAGGCUAUACAAGAAGUGCACAAUUCGGUUGCGCAAGAAGGACAAUGUCGGGUUGAGGACAACAGUGUGAACUUCCACUUCAUCCUGUUUGUCAAUGUGGAUGGACAUCUGUAUGAAUUGGAUGGGCGUAUGCCAUUUCCUGUAAACCAUGGCACAAGCUCAGGUGACUUGCUAUUGAAGGAUUCUGCUAAGAUUUGCAGACAAUUUACAGAACGUGAAAAAGGAGAAGUUCGUUUUUCUGCUGUGGCUUUCUGCAAGUCUGCCUGAGACUCUGAAGAGACGCAAGGAAAGCAGUCUAAUAGCACACCAGUAAAUGCAGUCUAAACUCCAGUGCUUCAGUACUUGUUAAACACAGCUGUUCUGGUAACUUAAAUUGUUUCCACCUUUUGCUGUACACAGGAGCAACAUCAGCUGAGCUUAUGCUGAAGGAUGAGCUCAAGUUUUAAUGUGAACAGUUUGGACACAUCAGAUGUCUUUAGACCCUUUUUUUCAUGUUAAGUAGAAAAUACUUAACAGGGCUUGUUUAAUUGUGUCAUGUUAAUUGAGCUGUUGGUUGACAUUUCCUUGUCCUUAAUGAGAAUAAAAUGUUCUGCUGGAAGUCUAAA